AUGGGCUCUCGCUUCGGAGAUGGGCCCGAAGGCUGGAGGAAAGCAAGUGUCCCUCUGAUCUGCAGAGAGGGCAAGAAGAAAGAAUCGGGGAACUACAGGCCGAUGGGCAAGAGGCAGUUCAGUGGGCUGGAAACCACCCUGAUCGUCCUCUUCUGCAUGGUGGCAGUCAUAGCCUGUGUCCUUAUUGGGCUUUUAGCAUCAGGACAGUCUGGAGUCAAAACUACAGACUCCACUUUAAACUACAAAGUGGACGUGAAGAAAAACCCCUUUGCUAUCGUUGUGACCAGAGCGAGCAACGGCAGAGUGCUGGAAGUAAUAUUUGACACUACCAUAGGACCGCUGCAGUAUGCUGACCAGUUUUUACAGCUCUCAAUCAAACUACCUAGCAGCAACAUCUAUGGUGUGGGAGAGCACAUGCAUAAGCAGUACCGGCAUGAUGUUAACUGGAAAACCUGGCAAUAUGGAGUUCAAACUUUCUUCCUGUGUUUGGAAGACAACACUGGAGCGUCCUUUGGUGUUUUCCCAAUGAAAAGCAAUGCCAUGGUUGAGUUAUGUGAAAUUUGUGAGUUUGGCAAAAUCCAUGAAACUCACGAACUCUGGGAAAACCAUGGGUUCCGAGAUCAUUGUUCGGGGACUGCCUGUCAAUCAAUUGUCAAGCAGUUCUACUCUGACGAAGUGACGUGGACCAUUGAUAUGCAGUUCCUGUGGGGUCCUGGGCUGCUCAUUUCCCCUGUACUUGACCCGGGGGCAAAAAUCUCAGUGAGAAAAGAAUGGACAGACCUGUACCUUCCAGAAGACAAAAUGGGACUUCAUUUGAGAGGAGGCUAUAUCUACCCAACUCAAAAUCCAGCUAACACAACAGUUGCAAGCCGUAAGAAUCCAAUGGGACUUAUAAUUGCCCUGGAUGACAACAGUGCAGCUUCUGGAGACUUGUUCUGGGAUGAUGGAGAAUCUACAGACACGCAACCAGUAACAUCAGCCUUGGAUGUUCCAGCCUGUUAUUACAGCUCUGACAAUGCUUACUCUGUACAUGAAGUAGAAUACACCUCAUCAGGGUUGGCAGCCAAUCUCACCUUCAACAGUGCCAAGGCCAGAGCUACCGACAAUUUCACUACACCAAUUAGUACACUACACUUGGAGGUGAAAUAUCAUCUCAACAACAUGCUGCAAUUUAAGACAGGAGCUGAUAUCUGUGGCUUCUUCAAAGACUCGGAGUAUGAGCUGUGUGCUCGCUGGAUGCAGCUGGGUGCGUUUUACCCAUUCUCAAGGAAUCACAAUGAGAAAGGAACAAGGAGGCAAGAUCCCGCUUCCUGGAACUCAACAUUUGAGGAGAUUGCCAGGAACGUGCUGAAUAUAAGAUACACCCUGUUACCCUAUCUCUACACAUUAAUGUAUCAUGCCCAUGCCCAUGGCAGCACUCUGGUCCGCGCCAUACUCCAUGACCGAAAAAACCCCAUGGGACUCACUGUCGCUUUGAAUGACGCUCUGUUUGCAGAAGGGCAGCUUUAUUGGGAUGAUGGGGUUCGCAUUGAAUCUAAUGUGUCAUAUUGGUGCAGAAUAUCAUUAAUUAACCAGCCAUUCCUUGACUGCAAUAAUCACAUUAACUAUGUUGAGUCCAAGGAGUUGCAGCAAUCUGCCGGACUCCUAGUCAACAGGCAUUCAGGCAAUGCUAAAGGGAACUCGGGAGAAGAACUGCUGGAGUAUGAUUUCCUCAUUAUGGGCAAGAGGCAGUUCAGUGGGCUGGAAACCACCCUGAUCGUCCUCUUCUGCAUGGUGGCAGUCAUAGCCUGUGUCCUUAUUGGGCUUUUAGCAUCAGGACAGUCUGGAGUCAAAACUACAGAAUUUACGCCAGAAUGUUGGAACUUAUUAAUAGCAGAGAGAAUUGACUGCAUCCCGGAUCAAGUAGCAACAAAGGUCUGA